AAAGUCUAAACCCGACAACCAGACAGGUUGAAUACAAAACCAAGCGCCCUACCCCGGCCCGGUUCACAUCCUAUCUGUGUGUGAACCGGAGUGGCAAGAAUUUUGCGUGAUUUCUCCCAUUUUCUCGUCCUCCCUCCGCAACUGCAAUUCCAUCGACUCGACUCGACUCGGUUCGGUUCAAUGAGCAGCAGUGACAAUAGCGUCAGCAAAAGGAACGGUGGCUGGAGUUGGAGAUCCGCCCUGGUUGGCGCCGCGGCCGCCACCGCUACGGCGGCUCUAUUUUCAUCCAAGCCACGGGACCCAACCUUCCACCUCAUCUCCAUCGACCUCACCUCCUUCAAGCUCAACUUUCCAGUCCUCGACGCCGACGUCAUCCUCACCGUCCACGUCACCAACCCCAACAUCGCCUCCAUCGAAUACUCCCCCGCCCAGAUGUCCAUCUUCUACGCCGGCUCCUUCCUCGGCUCCGCCCGCGUCCAGGCCGGCGCCCAGCCGCCCCGCUCCUGCCAGAUGAUACGCCUCCCUGGUCGUCUUAGCGGGCUGGAGCUGGCCCACCACGCCAAGAACUUCCUGGCCGACGUCGCCCGCCGCGAGAUGGUGCUCGACGCCGCUGUGGAUAUCGAGGGCGCCGCUAAGCUGCUGUGGUGGGACCACCGCUUCAAGGUCCACGUCGACAGCCACGUGACGGUGGACCCCAUCUUCCUUGACGUCAUUGAUCAAGAAAAUCAGUCGCACAUGGAGCUCCUUCUUGCCUGAGCCUCACCAUCGCUUUCGCUUUGCUCUGCCCUAUGCACUCUCUCUCUGUACGAUUGUAAGUUUUUGAUUGAAGGGUGAAACUUAAAAUGUAACAGUAACUCUUUUUAUUUGUAAUAAUAUCUCAAAGUUUGAUUCUUUUC